UCAGCAAACGUUUAGCUGGAGCGUGAAUAAUUCAAGCGUGCACGAAGAGCUGUGCUUUCUGAAGAGACGAAACGCAAGAAUAAAAAAAAAAUAAAUCUUCAAACAUUCACAUCAGCCUUAGAGGACAAUGCAAGCAGCAGGAUUUGAAACAGAUUUGCAGAUGCACUCUCUUUAGGCAGGGAGAAUGCUCAUUAAAUGCAAGAUGCUUCUGUGGCUCGUGGGCUUGCACGGAGGUAGAGGUUUGCAAGACUGACGUAUCAGAUAAAGUCAGAGUGGUUACCACACCGACGGUGUAGCAGCUGCAUAAUAAAUGAUGGAGAGAAUCAUGUUAGGCAUGCCCACCUAACCUAACUUGAAUCAUGCGAAAGGGGAGCUGCUGGAAUUCAAAUAGACUUUCUGGUUCCCAGCAGUCGGCAGUAAUAGAAUGCUUUCAGGAAGAUGACAGAUGCAGGGGGAAGAUGCUGUUUUGCACUAUCUUGAUUUGUUACGGCAGCCAACUUAUUGGCAUGAUGGAGUGACAAGAAAAGCAGCUGGCAUGGAAGAUGAACGGGAAGAUGUUCAAAAGAAAACUUUCACAAAAUGGAUAAAUGCACAGUUUGCUAAGUUUGGAAGACGUCACAUUGAAGACCUUUUUAAUGAUUUUCGAGAUGGACGAAGACUUCUGGAGCUCCUGGAAUGCCUUACAGGCCAAAAAAUUGCAAAAGAAAAGGGCUCCACAAGAGUUCAUGCUCUAAACAAUGUCAACAAAGCACUCCAUGUCUUGCAGAGAAAUAAUGUUGAUUUGGUAAAUAUAGGAAGCUCAGACAUUGUGGAUGGAAAUCAUAAGCUGACCCUUGGUUUGAUCUGGAAUAUAAUCCUCCACUGGCAGGUCAAAGAUGUAAUGAAAAACAUCAUGGCUGGGCUGCAGCAGACAAACAGUGAAAUGAUUCUGCUGAGCUGGGUCCGCCAAUCGACUCGCAAUUACCCACAGGUCAACGUUAUCAAUUUCACCAGUAGCUGGUCUGACGGAUUGGCUUUCAAUGCACUCCUCCACAGCCACAGACCAGACCUGUUUGAUUGGAAUGCUGUUGCUUCUCAGCAGUCACCUGUACAACGAUUAGAACAUGCAUUCAACAUAGCCAGGCAACACCUGGGCAUAGAGAAACUCCUUGAUCCUGAAGAUGUUGCAACUGCCUGUCCAGAUAAGAAGUCCAUCUUAAUGUAUGUGACUUCACUGUUCCAAGUUCUGCCCCAGAAAGUCACCAUGGAAGCCAUCAGGGAGGUGGAGAUGCUGCCACGACGCUCAAGGGUCACUAGAGAAGAGCACAUAGAAGUACAUGAACAACAUUUCUCACAAGAAAUCACAGUCAGUGUACCCCAGGGACCUUCGCCUUCUCCUAAACCGCGGUUCAAAAGUUACGCAUAUGCACAAGCUGUGUAUGUCACAUCCCCUGACCAAAAAAGGAGGCAGGUUCCUCCACAGUUUUUAGAAACUGUUGAACAAAAGACAUUUAGCAGCACGCGGAUGGGGUCUGAAAUGGAUCUUGAAAACUACCAAACUGCUUUAGAGGAAGUACUCACUUGGCUUCUCUCUGCUGAAGAUUCAUUACAAGCACAAGGAGAUAUAUCCAAUGAUGUAGAAGUUGUUAAAGAACAGUUUCACACCCAUGAGGGAUUUAUGAUGGAGUUAACAGCUCAUCAAGGACGUGUUGGUAAUGUUUUGCAAGUUGGAAGUCAACUUCUAGCGAUGGGAAAACUUUCAGAUGAUGAAGAGAAUGAAAUCCAAGAACAAAUGAAUCUACUUAAUUCUCGAUGGGAAAGUCUCAGGGUAGCAAGUAUGGAAAAACAAAGCAAUUUACAUAAAGUUCUAAUGGAUCUGCAGAAUCAGCAGCUGGCCCAGUUAGCUGACUGGCUGACAAAAACAGAAGAAAGGACAAAGAAAAUUGAUUUGGAGCCCCUAGGUCCAGAUCUAGAGGACCUAAAGCGUCAAGUAGAAGAGCAUAAGGCAUUUCAAGAAGAUCUGGAACAGGAACAAGUCAAGGUGAAUUCUCUAACCCAUAUGGUAGUGGUGGUGGAUGAGAACAGUGGAGACAGAGCUACUGCUGCACUGGAAGAGCAGCUUCAGCACUUUGGAAAACGAUGGGCAGCAAUCUGCAGAUGGACGGAAGACCGAUGGGUCCUUCUGCAAGAUAUUCUUCGUAAAUGGCAGCAUUUUGCAGAAGAGCAGUGCCUUUUUGAUGCGUGGCUUACUGAGAAAGAGGAUGCUGUGACCAAAAUUCGUACAACUGGCUUUGAAGAUCAAAAUGAAAUGCUGACCAAUCUAAGCAAAUUAGCUAUCCUAAAAGGAGAUCUAGAAAUGAAAAGGCAAAUGAUGAGUAAGCUGAAGUUUCUCAGCCAAGAUCUCCUUGUAGCUGUGAAAAAUAAAGCAGUGGCUCAAAAGCUGGAAAGUCGUCUUGAAAAUUUUGCCCAGCGCUGGGAUAGCCUUGUGCAGAAGGUGGAGAGCAAUUCUAAACAGAUUUCGCAGGCUGUCACUACCACUCAGACAUCAGUAACACAGACAACUGUAAUGGAAACUGUAACUAUGGUGACCACAAGAGAACAAAUCCUGGUUAAGCAUGCUAAAGAGGAACUCCCACCACCUCCACCCCACAAAAAAAGGCAACUCCUUGUGGAUUCAGAAAUUAGGAAGAGGUUUGACUCUGACACAACAGAGCUCCACAGUUGGAUGACCCGCUCCGAAGCCGUGCUUCAGAGUCCCGAGUUUGCAAUCUUUCGAAAAGAAGGCAAUCUCUCAGAUCUCAGAGAACGAGUCAAUGCCAUCCAACGAGAAAAGCCUGAGAAGUACAGAAAACUGCAAGAUGCCAGCAGAUCAGCUGAGGCCCUGGUGGAACAGAUGGUGAAUGAGGGCCUGAAUCCUGACAACAUUAGACAAGCCUCAGAGCAGCUGAAGAGCCGCUGGAUUGAGUUCUGUCAGUUGCUGAGUGAAAGACUGGCAUGGCUGGAGUACCAAAAUAACAUCAUUGACUUCUACUCUCAGCUGCAGCAACUGGAGCAGACAACAAUUACUGCAGAAAACUGGCUGAAAGCACAACCCACACCAGCAACAGAUCCUGCUACAGUAAAAACUCAGUUGGAAAAGUGCAAGGAUGAAAUCAUCCGAAUGUCAACCCUUCAGCCUCAAAUUGAACGACUAAAGGCUCAAAGUCAAGCACUGAAAGAGAAAGAGCAAGGACCAGUGUUUCUGGAUGCUGACCUUGCUGCUUUUACCAGCCAUUUCAAACAAAUAUUUGCUGACAUGCAUGCCAGAGAAAAGCAGCUACAGACCAUUUGUGACAGUUUGCCUCCUGCACACUACAAAGAGACAAUGAACACUAUACUUUUGUGGAUCCAGCAGUCAGAAACUAAACUCUCCAUGCCUCAGGUUGCGGUUGCUGAAUAUGAAGUUAUGGAGCAGAGACUCAGAGAGCUCAAGGCUCUACAGAGUUCUCUCCAAGAGCAGCAAAAAGGCCUGAACUAUCUCAGCACAACUGUGGAGGAUUUGUCCAGGAAAGCCCCUGCAGACGUCAGUCAGAGAUACCGAUCAGAGAUUGAGGUGAUCCUCGGCCGCUGGAAGAAACUCUCAGCACAGCUGGUGGAACAUUGCCAGAAACUUGAGGAGCGUAUGACCAAGCUCCAGCGAUUCCAGAAUGACACUAAAACACUGAAGAAGUGGAUGGCUGAAGUGGAUGUUUUUCUGAAGGAAGAGUGGCCUGCCCUUGGAGAUUCAGAAGCACUGGAAAAACAACUUGAGCAAUGUACAGCUUUAGUAAAUGAUAUCCAGACAAUCCAGCCUAGUUUGAACAGUGUUAAUGAGGUCGGGAAGAAAAUGAAGAGUGAAGCAGAGCCAGAAUUUGCUUCCAGAAUAGAAUCAGAACUAAAAGACCUCAAUGCUCAAUGGGAACACAUUUGCCAACAGGCCUAUGCUAAGAAGGCUGCAUUAAAAGGUGGUUUGGAUAAGACUGUGAGUCUCAGAAAGGAUUUGUCAGAGAUGCAUGAAUGGAUAACACAAGCUGAGGAAGAAUAUCUGGAAAGAGAUUUUGAGUAUAAAACACCUGAUGAAUUACAGAAAGCUGUUGAGGAGCUGAAGAGGGCAAAGGAGGAAGCCAUGCAGAAAGAAGUGAAAGUGAAGCUUAUUACGGAUUCUGUUAAUAAUUUUAUAGCAAAGGCUCCACCUGCAGCCCAUGAGGCUUUGAAAAAGGAGCUUGAUGUUCUGAUUACCAGCUACCAGCAACUCUGCAGCAGACUGAAUGGAAAGUGGAAGACUUUGGAGGAGGUAUGGGCAUGUUGGCGAGAGUUGUUGUCCUAUUUGGAUGCAGAAAAUAAAUGGUUGAAUGAGAUUGAACUGAAACUCAAGGCAACUGAAAAUGUCCAGGGAGGUGCAGAAGAGAUUUCUGAGUCUUUAGAUUCUUUGGAACGUUUAAUGAGACAUCCAGAAGAUAAUCGCAAUCAGAUUCGGGAAUUGGCUCAGACCUUAACAGAUGGUGGAAUCUUGGAUGAACUGAUCAAUGAAAAACUUGAGAAGUUCAAUACUCGAUGGGAAGAACUUCAGCAGCAGGCCGUGAGAAGACAGAAAAGUCUUGAACAGAGCAUUCAAUCUGCACAGGAGACUGACAAAACCCUGCGCUUAAUCCAAGAGUCUCUUGCUGUUAUUGACAAACAGCUGACAGCCUACACUGCAGACAGAAUUGAUGCAGCACAGGUCCCUCAGGAAGCACAGAAAAUACAAUCUGAAUUAACAAGCCACGAGAUUAGUUUGGAAGAAAUGAAGAAACGAAACCGGGGUAAAGAUGCUGCCAAAAGAGUGCUUUCCCAAAUUGAUGUGGCACAGAAAAAGCUGCAGGAUGUGUCCAUGAAGUUCCGCUUGUUCCAGAAGCCAGCCAACUUUGAACAGCGCCUACAGGAGUGCAAAAGAAUUUUAGAUGAAGUGAAAUUGCAGGUGCCCAAGUUGGAGAUGAAGAGUGUUGAGCAGGAAGUAGUACAAUCACAGUUGGAUCACUGCAUGAAAUUAUAUAAAAAGCUGAGUGAGGUGAAGUCUGAAGUGGAAACAGUAAUAAAAACUGGGAGGCAGAUUGUUCAGAAGCAGCAGACAGAGAACCCCAAGGAACUGGAUGAAAGGCUUACAGCUUUGAAGUUGCAAUAUAAUGAGUUGGGUGCAAAGGUGACAGAAAAAAAGCAAGAGUUGGAGAAAUGCUUGAAAUUGUCCCGGAAACUACGAAAAGAAAUUAAUUCUAUGACAGAAUGGCUCGCAGCGACAGACGCAGAACUGACAAAGAGAUCGGCUGCGCAGGGGAUGCCGAGCAAUUUGGAUGCUGAAAUUGCCUGGGGCAAGGCAACACGGAAGGAGAUUGAGAAACGCCAGGUCCAGCUUAAGAGCAUCAGUGAUUUAGGAGAGAAUUUGAAGACAGUGAUGAAAGGAAAGGAAAGCCUAGUGGAGGAUAAAAUCAGCUUACUAAACAGUAACUGGAUUGCGGUAACUUCACGUGCUGAGGAAUGGUUCAAUCUGUUACUGGAUUAUCAAAAGCACAUGGAGGCUUUUGAUCAGAACUUAGCUAAUGUCACAACUUGGAUGUAUCGUGCUGAAAUACUGUUGGAUGAAUCUGAUAAACAAAAACCCCAGCAGAAAGAGGAAAUUCUUAAGCGCUUAAAGGCUGAGCUGAAUGACAUUCACCCAAAGGUGGACUCUGUGCGUGACCAGGCGAUGCACUUGAUGACAAACCGUGGGGAUCACUGCAGGAAAGUAAUAGAGCCUAAACUAUCAGAACUCAACCAGCGAUUUGCAACUCUAUCACAGAGAAUUAAAAGUGUAAAGCCCUUCAUUCCUGUGAAGGAAUUGGAGCAAUUUGACUUCGAUAUAAAAAAAAUGCUUGAACCACUGGAGGUUGAAAUUCAGCAGGGAGUGAACCUGAAAGAGGAGGACUUCAAUAAAGAUAUGAGUGAAGAGGAUGAGAGCACAGUGAAAGAAUUGCUGCAGAGGGGCGACAGGCUUCAAAAGGGAAUCACAGAUGAGAGAAAACGUGAGGAAAUAAAGACAAAACAACAGCUGUUACGGACUAAACAUAAUGCCCUCAAGGACUUGAGAUCUCAAAGAAGAAAAAAGGCUUUAGAGAUUUCUCAUCAGUGGUAUCAGUACAAGAGGCAGGCUGAUGACCUAAUGACAUGGCUGGAUGACAUUGAGAAAAAGUUAGCCGGUCUACCAGACCAGAAAGAUGAGCAGAAGCUAAAGGAGAUUGGUGGAGAAUUGGAGAAGAAGAAGGAAGAUCUGAAUGCGGUGCACAGGCAGGCUGAACGCUUGUCUAAGGAUGGGGCGGCAAAAGCAGUGGAGCCAACCCUGAUACAGCUCAGCAAGCGCUGGCAAGAUUUUGAGAGCAAAUUUGCUCAGUUUCGAAGACUCAACUAUGCACAAAUUCAAACAGUUCGUGAAGAUACAACUUUUGUGAUGACUGAAACUAUGACUGUGGAAACCACUCAUGUGCCUUCUACGUACCUGGCAGAGAUCCAUCACCUUCUGCAAGCCUUGUCUGAAGUAGAAGAGCGCCUUAAUUCUCCUGUUCUGCAGGCUAAGGAUUGUGAGGAUCUCUUCAAACAAGAAGAGUGUCUCAAGAGCAUUAAAGAUAGCCUGGGGAGACUGCAGGGUCGUGUAGAAAUUAUUCACAGUAAGAAGACACCGGCUUUGCAAAGUACUACACCAAAGGAAGCAGCAAAUAUACAAGAAAAACUGACUCAACUGAAUUCUCAAUGGGACAAAGUUAACAAGAUGUACAGGGAGCGGCAGGCACGGUUUGACAAAUCUUUGGAAAAGUGGCAACACUUUCAUAGUGACAUGAAGAGCUUUAAUCACUGGCUAACUGAAACUGAAGAGAAGCUGUCAAGAGCACAGAUAGAGGCUGGGGACGUGGGGCAUGUGAAAACCAAGCAAUUUAUCCAGGAGCUUCAGGAUGGCAUUGGGCGACAGCAAACUGUUGUCAAAACACUGAAUGUAACUGGUGAAGAGAUUAUUGAGCAGUCAUCAACAGCAGAUGCUAAAGUGCUGAAGGAACAACUGGCAAGUUUGAAUACCCGGUGGCAGGAAAUCUGCAAACAGCUGGUAGAGAAAAAAAAGAGACUAGAGGAAGAAAAGAAUAUUUUAUCAGAAUUUCAAGAGGAUUUGAACAAGUUGAUUUUAUGGUUAGAGGAAGCAGACAGUGUUAUUGGAAUUCCCCUUGAACCAGGGAAUGAAGACCAGUUGAGAGACUGCCUUAGCAAAGUAAAGUUAAGAGUUGAAGAGCUGCCGCCUCACAAGGGAAUACUGAAACGAUUAAAUGAAACUAGAGGAAUAGCACUUGGAAGUGCAUCACUGAACCCAGACAAAAAACAUAAGCUUGAGAGUACACUGAAGGAGGCUAACCAUCGUUUGUUAAAGGUGUCCAAAGAUCUUCCAGAGAAACAAAAAGAAAUAGAGAUUCUGCUAAAGGAUUUCGUUGAACUUGAUAAACAACUAAAUCAGGUGAUAUUGUGGGUAACGCCUGUCAAGAACCAGCUGGAGCUUUAUAACAGAGAGGGUCAGCCAGGAGCCUUUGAUAUUAAGGAAACUGAAGCAGCAGUGCAGGCUAAACAGCCGAAUGUGGAAGAGGUUUUGUCUAAAGGGUGUCAUUUAUAUAAGGAAAAACCAGCUACUCAUCCAGUAAAGAAAAAAUUAGAAGACUUGAAUGCUGACUGGAAGGCAAUACAUCACUUAAUUCAACAACUAAAGGAAAAGCCAGCAUUGUCAGCAUUUGGCCAAUUCUCUCCAGGUGUCUUAACUUCUGGUGAAACUGUUGCUGUGGAUACACAAACCAGGGUAACCAAGGAAACCAUCACCUUCAAACCAGAAAUGCCAUCUUCUGUGCUUUUGGAGAUUCCAGCUUUGGCUGACUUCAAUAAGGCAUGGGCAGAACUCACUGACUGGCUUUCUCGACUGGAUCGAGAGAUAAAAUCUCAGAGAGUGGUAGUAGGUGAUCUUGAUGACAUCAACGACAUGAUCAUCAAACAAAAGGCCAUACUACAGGAUCUGGAGCAAAGACGUCCCCAGCUGGAUGAACUAAUAACUGCAGCACAAAACCUAAAAAACAAGACGAGCAAUCAAGAGGCCAGAACAAUAAUUACUGACCGCAUUGAAAAGAUACAGAGCCAGUGGGAUGAAGUGCAUGGAUACCUUCAAGGCCGGAGACAGCAGCUUCAUGAGAUGUUAAAGGAUUCAACACAGUGGCUAGAAGCUAAGCAAGAAGCUGAGCGAGUUCUUGAACAAGCAAAAGCUAAGCUUGAGUCGUGGAAAGAAAUUUCCUACACCGUGGAAGCUCUGAAAAAGCAGAACACUGAGCUUAAGCAAUUUUCAAAAGAAUUACGACAAUGGCAAAUAAAUGUAGAUGUGGCAAAUGACUUGGCACUUAAGCUGCUCCGCGAUUAUUCGGCAGAUGACACCAGAAAAGUACAACUGAUGACAGAUAACGUUAAUGCGGCAUGGGCUGCCAUUAAUAAAAGGGUUGGUGAGCGUGAAGCGGCCCUAGAAUCAGCCCUAAGAAUGUUGCAGCAAUUCUACCUGGAUCUCGAAAAGUUCCUUGCUUGGCUUACAGAAGCUGAAACAACUGCAAAUGUCCUGCAGGAUGCUACACACAAAGAAAAGACGCUCGAGGAUGCCAAAACAGUUCGGGAGCUCAUGAAACAGUGGCAGGAACUACAGGCGGAAAUUGAUGCUCACACUGACAUCUUUCACAACCUGGAUGAAAACGGGCAGAAAAUCCUGAGGUCCCUUGAAGGCUCUGAAGAUGCAACCCUAUUGCAGAGACGCCUGGAUAACAUGAACCUCAGAUGGAGUGAACUUAGGAAGAAAUCUCUAAACAUUAGAUCCCAUUUGGAAGCCAGUACCGACCAGUGGAAGAGAUUGCAUCUCUCUCUGCAGGAACUUUUAGCAUGGCUGCAGUUGAAGGAGGAUGAAUUAAAACAGCAAGCGCCCAUUGGUGGAGAUCUUCCCACUGUGCAGAAACAGAAUGACAUCCAUCGGACUUUCAAGAGGGAGAUAAAAACAAAGGAACCUGUUAUCAGGAGUGCACUUGAGACUGUGCGAAUCUUCCUCACUGAGCAGCCUGUGGAAGGACUGGAGAAGAUCUGCCCAGAACCAAGAGAUCUGUCACCUGAGGAAAGAGCCCACCAUGUCACUAAACUUCUCCAAAGGCAAGCAGAUGAUGUCAGAACUGAGUGGGAUAAGCUGAAUCUGCAGUCUGCUGAUUGGCAAAAGAAGAUAGAUGAUGCUCUUGAAAGACUGCAGGCCCUUCAAGAGGCAAUGGAUGAACUGGACCUGAAACUACGCCAGGCUGAAGCAUUCAAGGGAUCCUGGCAGCCUGUGGGGGAUCUGCUAAUUGACUCUCUGCAGGAUCACUUAGAAAAAGUCAAGGUUUAUCGAGCAGAACUUGUACCCCUUAAAGAAAAAGUGCAUCAAGUCAAUGACCUUGCUCACCGGUUCACUCCCUCUGAUAUCCAACUCUCCCAGUACAAUCUCAGCUGUGUGGAAGACCUGAACACCAGGUGGAAGGUGCUACAGGUGGCCAUUGAUGAGCGCAUCAGGCAACUGCAUGAAGCUCACAGGGAUUUUGGCCCCACUUCCCAGCAUUUUCUUACCACUUCUGUCCAAGGCCCCUGGGAGAGGGCAAUCUCACCAAACAAAGUGCCGUAUUAUAUCAACCAUGAGACGCAAACGACCUGCUGGGAUCAUCCUAAGAUGACUGAGCUUUACCAGUCAUUAGCUGACCUGAACAACGUCAGGUUCUCGGCGUACAGGACUGCCAUGAAACUCCGCAGGCUGCAGAAAGCCCUCUGCCUGGAUCUCCUGAGUCUGUCUGCUGCAUGUGAUGCCUUGGACCAGCACAACCUCAAACAAAAUGACCAGCCGAUGGAUAUUCUGCAGAUCAUUAACUGCUUGACCACCAUUUACGAUCGACUGGAACAAGAGCACAAUAACCUGGUCACCGUUCCCCUUUGUGUGGACAUGUGCCUCAACUGGCUGCUGAAUGUCUACGACACGGGUCGAACAGGAAGGAUCCGUGUCUUAUCCUUCAAAACUGGUGUUGUAUCCCUUUGUAAAGCACACCUGGAAGAUAAAUAUAGAUACCUGUUCAAGCAAGUGGCAAGCUCCACUGGCUUCUGUGACCAGCGCCGGCUGGGGCUGCUGCUGCAUGACUCCAUCCAGAUCCCGCGGCAGCUGGGGGAAGUGGCCUCCUUCGGGGGCAGCAACAUCGAGCCCAGUGUCAGAAGCUGCUUCCAGUUUGCCAACAACAAACCAGAGAUCGAAGCAGCCCUCUUCCUGGACUGGAUGAGGCUGGAACCUCAGUCCAUGGUGUGGCUGCCUGUCCUGCACAGGGUGGCUGCUGCCGAGACUGCCAAACACCAGGCGAAGUGUAACAUCUGUAAGGAGUGCCCCAUUAUUGGAUUCAGGUACAGAAGUUUAAAGCACUUUAACUAUGACAUCUGCCAAAGUUGCUUCUUCUCUGGCCGUGUUGCAAAAGGUCACAAAAUGCACUAUCCCAUGGUGGAAUACUGCACACCAACAACUUCAGGAGAAGACGUCCGUGACUUUGCCAAGGUACUAAAAAACAAAUUUCGAACAAAAAGAUAUUUUGCAAAGCACCCACGAAUGGGCUACCUGCCUGUGCAAACUGUCUUGGAGGGAGACAACAUGGAAACUCCUGUUACUCUGAUCAACUUCUGGCCAGUAGAUUCUGCGCCUGCCUCGUCCCCUCAGCUCUCACACGAUGAUACUCAUUCACGCAUUGAACAUUAUGCUAGCAGGCUAGCAGAAAUGGAGAACACCAAUGGUUCUUAUCUAAAUGACAGUAUUUCACCCAAUGAGAGCAUCGAUGAUGAACACUUGUUAAUCCAGCACUACUGCCAAAGUCUGAAUCAGGAGUCCCCACUGAGCCAGCCCCGAAGCCCUGCCCAGAUCCUGAUUUCUCUGGAGAGUGAGGAGAGAGGGGAACUGGAGAGAAUCCUCGCAGACCUGGAGGAGGAAAACAGAAACCUGCAAGCAGAGUAUGACCGUCUGAAGCAGCAGCAUGACCACAAAGGACUGUCUCCACUGCCGUCCCCGCCGGAGAUGAUGCCGGUCUCUCCGCAAAGCCCCCGGGAUGCUGAGCUCAUUGCAGAAGCCAAGCUGCUUCGCCAGCACAAGGGCCGCCUGGAAGCCAGGAUGCAGAUCCUGGAGGAUCACAACAAACAGCUGGAAUCACAGCUGCACAGGCUGAGGCAGCUGCUGGAGCAGCCACAGGCAGAUGCCAAGGUGAAUGGUACAACACUAUCAUCUCCUUCUACCUCUUUGCAGAGGUCAGGCAGCAGUCAGCCAAUGCUUCUUCGUGUAGUUGGCAGCCAGACUUCAGAAACCAUGGGUGAGGAUGAGCUGCUCAGCCCUCCCCAGGACACAAGCACAGGUUUGGAGGAAGUGAUGGAGCAGCUGAACAACUCCUUCCCUAGCUCCAGAGGUGUUUGGUACCCUUUUUUUUUGCUGCUCUUUGUUUUCAUUUUAACAAUAGCUGUAGAGAAACCUGUCUUGUGUAGAGUGGAGAAGCAGCCUGCUCCUCCUUUAGCUCAAGCUGCCUCCACAGGUAGCCCUUGCUAGAUAUGUGGAUGAAAAAAUGUCUGUAUGAGACUUUCUUCUCAAAGCGUUUUCUUUGCUUCCUUUUUGCCAUGUUCCUUUUCUCACAGCAUUUCCUCUUUUUUUGGUUAGUCCCCUUGCUGAUUUAUUUUUCAUUACAUGUCUUAGCACAUUUUUCUUCUGUCCUUCCUUAUCUUUCUCCAAGAAGAAUCUGAUGUGAAAUAAUAUUAAAGUUCUACGUCAAAGUUCUCAACCAUGUAGCACUUGGGUGCAGAGGGAUGGAGUAAAAAUGAGUGGGCUGCUUGUUUGUGCAGUAUGGGCUGCACUUGUGUGCACAGCCACAACAUUUCUUUCACUUGUUUCCAUUUUGCUCAUUCCUGUUGUUUGCUAAAGAUGAUCAGUUUGUGUUACUGGGAUUUAUUUGUUCAGCCUUUUUUCAUUUAAGAAAGUCUUUUCUGAGCCCAGAGAAAAUACUCUGCUGCCAAGAAAAAUGGCUUAGAUUCCUAGCAGGAGAUGGGAAGUUUGGGGUAUUGCCUGUUGCUGUGAAGCAAGGUUCAGACAUAAACCUCUUGGCAAGAGAAAGUCCUGGUGUCUAUUGGCAGCCUGUUAAGUGGAUUUAAAUAGGGGCAUAGACUUUCCACAGGGCCUUUUGCACAGUUUUCACACAACACUCAGAGGUUCUUCUUCAGUAUAGAAAUGCAUUAACCAUUGUACUAGACCUUCAGUGGAGUCGAGUUUUCUCCAUCCUUUGGUUUCAAAGCAAGCUCAGCUCUCACCAGACAUCAUCUGUGAGCAGUGGAAAAGAAGGCAGGAAAAACCAUAUAAGAUCUCAUGCUAUAAAUCAAAAGUUGGAACCAUUUAGAAAGAUCUCAUGAAAGAAAAUCUAAACCAAUAAAUUAACUGUAGUCAUCUCAACAUUAUGUGAAAAAAAUCAUAUGUCUCGAUAUUAAUUAUGUCUCAUUUUGUUCCGAUAUUAAUUAUGAGAGACAACAGGUGAAAAAUCUUUCAUCAAUCUAUCUAUCAUUUAUGAAGAUAAAAGUGGACUUAUUUUUAAAGUUGCUGUGUAUGAGGUUGCAACAGACAGUUUUCUUAUCAGUGACCAUAAUUUGUGUAAAUAUGUUGUAUUUAGGAGAUCUUGCAUAAUAGUAUGUGUCUAGAUGUAGAUAGCCCAUGUGUUAAAAUAUUCACCAAAUAUGAACAAUUAGGUUUCUCUGUUCUUCAUGUGUCUUUUGAUGCAUUUGCAUGAAUGCCAGGUUUAUGUUUUUACUUUUGGAUGAAGUGUAGGAGUGGUCUGAAUAGGCUCUCUGUAAGAGUUCAUCCUACAACCAGUGCAGAUGGAUUUCCAUUCACUGGCUGAUACAGAAGGCUACUGACAUUGUCAAUUUUGCUGAGAUCUCAUGCAAACUUCUGUUACUGGAGUUUUCUUCUGUUCCAGUUUUAACAAUUAAAUUAUAGUCAGCUGAUCUCCACAUACACAGAGCUCACAUCCACAGCUGAUCUGCUUCAGCCUCAUGUAAACCUUCACUGUGACAUGAAGGAUGCUGUGGUCAGUCCGAUUCCACAGGCAUCAGGGACCUGACUUAUAAUUUACAAGACUGCAUUAAGAAGAAAAGGAAGCAGAGUUGAUUGGUCUCAACAAACUACUGAACCAGGAACCUUUUUGCUGUUGAGAGGUACAAAUCUGUAUCUCAGGUUUCUAAUCUAUAAUAAAAGAUCAAAGUGUAAUUGCGAAAGAGUGAAAGCACUUUGGCAAAGCAGCCUGAGAAGAGGGCUGAGUGUGAGGACUCGGGUGUGGUGCGAGUCACAUUUUGUUUCUUGCCAUUACAAGCUGGAUUGAAUCUCAAGGUAUAGGUGGAAUACCUACCUCAAGUAGGUAUUUGGGAAACAGAACAAUAAAACCAAACAAGCAUUCAGCCUAGAUCCAUAAGGAAUACAUUUUCUUAUAUUGUUUCUUAUUAAGUAGAAUUAAAAAAAAAUUGUCAGAUGCAAGUGUUUCUUGUCAUGUUAGUCUGACAUUCAGAAAUGGGUUGUGAUAUAGGAGAUGGUGGAAUUGGCAGUGCUGGGGUGGACUCAGUUAACUUAAAAGUCUUUUUCAACCUUAGUGAUUCAAUGAAAUGUGGUUUCUUUGUGUCCUGUAAAACAAGCAUGUUAAAUUUCAAGCUAAAUAUCCAGCAUGUCACAGCACAGAGAGUGACACACCUUUUGAAUCAGGGACAUGAUUCUGGGUGUCCUAUUGCCAGUAGGAGAACAGCAACUUAGAGGGGUGCAGAACAAUGUGACAAGAGCAAACUGGACUCUGGAAGUUUUGGUUAUGAGAAAAGUUCAAAGCUAAAUAAGCAGUGAAGAGAGAAAAGGAUCGAAUUUCUGUGCUUGGGUGCACAGAUGUGUAAUUGAGCAUCACAGGAUAUAAAUUAACAGCAAAAUAUUUAGUCUAAAUACUGUCAAAAGCACUUGAAGAGUAAGAUUUACUCAGGCUGGAAAGCAGUUUACUAAAGCAAGUAGCAGCUCUUAUUUUGGACUUCUAAAACAAAGCAGUAAAAUGUAGUAGUAAUUAACUGUCACUCACCUGGAGAUAGAUUCUUUAUGAUGAUGAUAUUUUCCAAGCUUUUGCUGCAUAGUGUUGUUUUUAAAAGGGCAUCAAGGCCUCAUAGCAUCAUUUUGAAUGUAUUUUAGAAAAGCACGUGUAAAACAAAUUGUGUCAUAGACCUGCAUAAGCAGACCUCAGAUGCAAUAGCUUGUGUACUAUAUACCUUUUAUAGGGGUUUUGUUUGUUGUUUCUUCAGUUUAACCUUUUGGCAGUUCUUGGCAUUUCCUAAGGAGCACAGGACCUCCAUGCUCCUUGCACAGCUGGCUGUUGGUGCCGAAAGCUGUUUCAUUUCUGGAGAGAGAAAUUCUGCUGAAUACCUGAUGACUGCUGUCCUUAAGGAAUUUUUCUUUCCUUUUAAUCUACAAGGUUUCCCAUCCAUUCCUCUUUCACUUUGCUGCUCCCAGCAAAUUCACAACUGCUGCAGCUGCUUCAAACAGCUGCUGUGCUAACUCAAAACAGAUGUCAAAGCCAGAGGUCUGACAUUUAGUGGAAAUCUACCAUUAAAUACCACCUCAGUGGUUUAUUUGACCCUGCUUGAUAAUGGGCCACAGAGGAAAACAUUUUCACGCUGUAUUUGUGCCCAAACUACUAAAUCUCCAGGGAAUUGGUUCACAGUUAGAAAGCAAGAUUGACAGGCUAGUAUUUUUAAAGCCAAAUUCAUCUCUCCUGCAGCACUGAGGACAAAAAAGUUGUACCACUUCUGGUGGAUCUCAUGGUGGACCGGCUGAGGUUUGCAGUUGUGAUUCCAUGGUGACUGCUUUCUGUGAAUGAUGUUCAGAGAGGAAUUUAGGGGCAGAAGUUCUUGAGCUGGCUGAAGUUGGUGAGAGCACUUCCCAGAUUUCAGUGCAGGGCCCUUGCUGGGGAAUAAUGAAGAUGUGGGAGCCAAGAAAUGGAUAGAAAUGAGAGCAUGACGGCUUGAAAGAGCUAAAAGGACAUGACAUAACGUGAAACCAUUUGGAGAGAGAUCAGUACUCGCUUACUGUUUACCGUGGUAUUGGUUAACACAAAUGUGGUCUUGUGCAGUGAAAUUACAAGACCCCACAGCAAUAAAUGAAUGGCACUGAGAAUAGCACCAUUUUUUAUAAGUUUUAUUUUUAUCCCAGUCACAUUUAAACACACCAGUCACAUUUUCUCCUCUCACUUUUGCAUCAGCCAGGCUCUGUUAUGAGCAGGACUAAUGUCCUAAGUAGAAUUAGCAACUUUCAGCACUGCAAAUAAUGCAGUUUCUCUUAUUGUGACAGCAAAAUGUUACACUUUUCACACCUUACUGAAUCAGUGGAAGAGUACCCUGGAGUUUAUACUGCAGGGUAUUCUGGAAAUACUCUUCCAGUUCAGAUAUCCUGGCCCCUUCUGGAUCGUAUCACCUUGUCUGUGCUAUGGUCCUGCAUCCCACAGCAGUGAGCCUGGGUGACUGAGAUCCCUCAUCACUCCCCUGUGGCACAACACUACUGAUCUGGCUACACCUCUAGAGCUGCAGAUGAGAUGAUGAAGGGCAUGACUAGGUCUUUGGUGUUUUAUAAUGCCCAAAUGUGUGCCUUUGUCUGUGGUACAAUGUCAUGUAGCUUUCCAAAAAAGAAGAAGAAAGAAAAACUCUUCUAUUUUUUAAGAACAGGAAAUCUUGAUUUGAGCAGGAAUAAUAGAUGAUUAGGCACCCAUGGAUUACAUAUCAGUGUUUUGAUGCCUUAUAGGACACAAAUUUUCAGAACUGCAGCAGUAUAGACAAUCUUCUUCCUCUGCAAUUUAUGCCAAGCCACAUUCUUUGCCUUAAAACUUAGAAACACGCAUUCAUAUGCAAAGAAGGAAACAACGUAAAAUCCAUUAAACCCUUUUUAAUCUCCUCCAGUAGAAAUUAGCUGUUACUGUAGUAGCACUACUCUUUUUUGCAUCUAACAAAUUCUAGGGCUGAUUACUCACCACAGACUGUCCUCACCAGCUGUUUUGUGUGGUGCUGAGCUAUCCCAGUUACCUUUAAAUGCAUUCAUUUUAAAGCAAAAUCCACUCUGUCUCAUGUAGCUUUAAAUUAAACACUGUGUAGCUGCAGUUGUAGGUGCUUGUCCAGACAGGUAGGCAUUUCUUAAGACCUCCAAAAGGAUCCAGUAUUUUGCAUGUGAGCAGUUCCUUCUCUCUUCUUGACCCGAGCUAAACUGUCAUCUGCUGGAUCUCACUCCUGACCCAGGACUCUUGCACACCAGGCUGUACCAGGCUGCAGUUUCUUGGAGUCCUUAACUAGACCACCUGCUGACCUAAACUCUGGGGCUCUUCCUCAAAUGACCAAAGCAUGCAAUGGAUUUCAUAUCUUCAAGGAGUUACUGUUACAUGAUUUAUAUUGGUGAGAGAUUCCCUCAAAGAAGGGCAUUUUUUUAGGGAAUUCAUGGCUCCUGAUAAAAGUGCCAGAGGAGAUGGCAUGCUCUGUAGGCACAUGUGUAAGUCCUAGAGAGUUAGGCAGGCUUACAGGGUGGAGUCCUUAGUGAAGGGAUACAUCUAGCCCUGGUGCCUCUGUGCACCACCAGCGUGUUUGAUACAGACUUUGCACCAGAGUCCAGGCUCUGCUGAGGAGCAGAAUAAAAACCCACAUACAUGCAGAACAUGUUAUUGUCAAACCUGUUAUUGUCAUUUCUAAUAGUAAUUGUGCUGCUGGGGAGAGGGAGAGGGACAGGAAGGAAGGGAAUCAAAUUUCCUGUGUUCAAUAAAUGGUAGCCUUUGCUGUCCAGGCUUUCAGAGGCUGCCCCAGCCCUUUCCAUUGCCUGGAGUUUGUGGCUGAGCUGAGGCUGUGGCCCAUGGUGGUCAGGGAUGCCAUUCCCUUCCUCUGCCCUCUCCUCCUCUCCUUUCCUGCCUCUGCCCAGCUCUGUUCUGCUGUUGACCCUUGUUCUGCAACUUGUAAAAUACCUGCAAAGCUAUUUAUUGCCUUCCUUCCCUUCUCCUACAGGCUUCCACACCUAGAGAAAAACUCGAUAGCAAUUAGGUUACUGUGACCAGCAUGUUCUCCCAUAGGUAUCUGUCGCUCUCCCUGUUUUCUCAUACAUUGCUUACAAUUACAUCGUUUGCAGCAGCUCUGGGGCAAAGAUCAUCCUCUUUCUUGAACAGCAUUUACCACAGUGACUUUCUCACCUCAGACUGCAAGUCUGGCCCUGCCAGCGUGGGCAGUGAUGUGACAGUGACAGUGGGACACUCCUUCUGGAGACAGCAAGCAUCUUAUUGUCACUGGCUGUGUGUUGGGAAGGGAGUGUUUGCUGUUGAUUGACACCUGGCUUUCUUUGUUUAAAAAUAAAUAUGCUAUGAGAAGUGUUUGAGAAGAAUCAAUGUGAUCGAAGUGUGGAGGCUUGUUAGGGACAUCUUUUCAGAUAAAUUAUUGACUCCUCCGUUUUGGCAGUUCUUGAACAGAAUGAGAUACUUUCCCCUUUUUCCCUUUUUACUCAACCUUUUCUUUUCUCUCCUCCCCUCUGCCCCUUCAGUUUUACCAUGCUUGCAGAUCAGCACGUUGCAAACAUAUUUUGGAAUAUAUUUAUCUUGAAUGUGAGCAUGUUGUUUUCCAGCAUGCAGCUCUAGGUGUAAAAAAAGUGUGUGUGUACACAUGUGUGUAUUUAUUAAUGGAUACCUCAAUGUUUGUAGGCCAUAAUACAAUGUAAAGUGACUGGAUAAAUUAAUUUGACAUUGGAAAAAAAUAUUUUACUGCUUACACUGAUUGCCAAGAGUACUCAACUUAAGGAAAUUAGGAUGCUCAGAAAGUGAAUUCAGAUCUCUGCAAUCCUUAUUCUCAACUGAAAGGCCUAUAAGUUGGGGCUGGUGGUUUUCGCAAGUGUUUUGAGAGGUUUAAACAAGCCACAGGUGACAGAACUGUUGCUGAAUAAAUCAGGUCAGAAUCAUCGUUGGAUUUCAGUGCACUUUCAGUCUUUCUUUAAGCAGAAAUGUGGUUUUUAUUUAAUAUUAAAUAUCUAAAUGGAAAUGGAAGUGUCUCUUACAGUAUAAAAUAUAUGUUCAUGUGUGGUUUUUUCCCUUACUUUGCUGAUAUAUAUUCCACUUCCUCU